AUACGCUUUGUUAAAAUCAAUUAAUCUUAUCUUCUAGCAAAUGAUACAUGUCAAUGGCCGCCACCGUAUGAUAACGUCUGUUUGGGAUUGGCCAAUCAUGAAUUCAGUAUCAUCGACAUGUUAAACAUGGGAGUCAGAGCCGUUGCUAUUGACAACUGGUGGUGUGAUGAUGCGAUGAGGGUCGCACAUUUGGGAACACAGCUUGCCCUCGGAUGUGGAAAGUUCAACGUACUCUUUGCUGACGUCAUAGCAGACAUUGGCCAAUGGAUGCACGAGCCAGGAAACGAAAAUGAGUUCAUCAGGAUCACCUUGGAUGAAAAGUAUGACCAGGGUCACGAUGCUGAAGUGAAUGGUCCACUGGAGCGUUAUCUGGGUCAUGAUGAGAUCUUAAGUCCUGCUGAUCUAAGGGAUACAUACAGAGGGUUGUGGCCGACACUCAGAAGGAUGAAAGAGGAUGGUAAGCGAGUUGUAGUGGUGAGUUCGGACGAUACCUUACAUCAAGGCAAAUACAUCCAUGCUAAACGAUGUGAAAGCUUCCCUUUCAAUGAGUUCACAAAUUACCCACUAUGCGGGGGUAAAACAGAUUCUAACUGCAGGAGAUUUCGAGGAGACGCAACACAUUACAUAUUUGAUGUUAUCUAUGACGGACCUACAGCGAACGGUGCGAUAACUGAUCUGAGUGAGAUGGUGAAAUGUCGUAUCAAUCUUCCUGCUACAGAUAUGGUGACACCUCAACUCAUGAUGACUGGGGUCUAUACGUGGGCCUAUGGAGAACCAUCAAUACAGCUAGAUGAAGAUUCGUGUGUUAUGCUAAACCACGCAGACUUUCGUUGGUAUACGUCACCUGAUUGCGACCAAUCAUUGAGCUACGCGUGUCAAAGUUCAACGGAUCCGAAUGACUGGUUGGUCAGCGAAUCGACCGGUCCAUAUGACGUCACGCGAGACUUGUGUCCCAUUGGCUACAAGUUCAGUCUACCUCACAAUGGAUUCAGACAACAGAAGUUGAAGGAGGCAAUGAAAGGAUCUUCUGUAUGGCUAAACUUGACACCUUGGCUGACGGGUAACUUUCCCAUAACAGAUGCCCCUCUUACCAGCCCCUUGGGGAACUUUGCAAACUACCUCAGAACCUUUUACCCGGCUCUUCUAAGUUCUAUUGCCUAUUUUGUGUUUUAAUGGAUUAAACCGGUUAAUUUUUGAAUGGUGGAUAAAGAAUAUUAGUGUUACUUAGCAAUCACGUGUUAGAUAAGAGUGCGUUUUUUUUAAACCGUACUUUUUGAAAACCUUAUUUCAUGCUGCGAUUAUUCCGUGCUCAUUUGUUUCU